GUGUAUACAGAGCAUACCGCAACCCUGCCCGCCUUUUUACCGUCCAUCACGUCGAUCUCCAAAGAGAUUUGAACAUUUAACGAUCCACCAUGUUGGGAUUGAACACGCUGCGGCCUGUCCUGCGCAGCUCUGCGCCCGCCCUCUCGGCACGCGCCUUCAGCGCCUCCGCGUCGCAGGCGAUGGCUCGGAUGAUACUGACCGGGCGGCUUGCAACCGAGCCGGAGGCGAUCCCCUCGUCGACGGGCGUGAAUGUCAUCAAGUACACGAUUGCGUCAACACACGGCCGCUCUGAUAACCGGUUCACCAGCUACUUCCGUGUGACCAGCUUCCUGGAGAACGGGCCGCAGAAGGAUUUCGUGCUUAGUCUGUCGAAGGGGACCCUUGUGUGUAUCGACGCCGAUGUUUCCCUGAAGCCAUGGGAGGAUGCCGAGGGGAGGAGACAUUCUUCUCUGAACAUCAUACAAAAAACCCUUGAGGUUCUAAAGCGACCGAAUCCGAAUCGCCAAACCGACAACGGAGUCUCCGACCAGUUUGCGGGCGAGGAAAUGCCGUGAAAGGGAUGGAUAUGUUGGUGAUUUAGUAUACAUGAAGACAGGUCGCGAGGGCUUUCUUUUUUUUUCCCCUUGCCCACUGUAGUUAACCCAAUCUACUUAAUCUAUAGUGUAUCUCUACCUUCUCCCCCUCCGAUCCUUUCUUUGCUUAACAUAGAUAACCGGCUCCCUCUCCAGUCUCGACGAGGCUCGCGGUUCACCGACUGUUUCGUGCCUCCAGAGGAUAUAUUGAUCGCUAUGUCACUGCCGUCUUCGAUCUAGGAGGCCUGGAAUUUCCUGUCUUCAACCUUGGCUUUACACACCGCUGUUUCUGAGUAUCUUAUGCAGGAUCCAGAGUAUUUAUUGGAUCAUUUGAAACUAUUUGGCGU